AUAAUUUAUUGUGAACAAGGCUAUUUUUCCUGAUAUUUGAGAUUUUUUUACAUUUAUUUUCAUGCAAUGUUUAUCUGUUGUUACCAUUCUCACAGGAGUUUUGAUGUAGGCCUACAGUAAAAACACAACAGGAUCAGAUGAAACAACAGAGCAAGAGAGUUGAGAGAGGGAGAGAGAGAGAAAGAGAGAGAGAGAGAUGGCUUAGGAUUGUGGAACCCUUUUGCUUCCAUCAAGUAUUCGUUCCUUUAAUAAGGUUUUGUUCCCAGCGUGGUUCUUCUCCAGGGAACCAUCCUGAGAUGUUCUCUCAGAUCCUCUCUCCUAUCAGAAUAGCCGCAGCAGGAGAGCACUGAAAUGAAGGCUGGCCCAGGCGAGAGGUAAAUCACUGACUAGCUGAUAACCAGUGAAGAGCCGAGGACUGUGGCUUCACUGUCAUGAGGACGAGGACCAGGAUGCAGCAAGCCCUCCAUACUACUGUGCCAGCUUUGAAGUCUCUUUUAGUGGGCCCUCAUGGAGAAAUACUUUGCCUAUGAUGACUGUGUCUUAUCCAACCAGAGAAGGAAGCACACCGGAGCCAGGCCAAUGUGUGCGACCUGCAAGGCAGCUUCAGGAAGUAGUUUUGUGCCACUGCGUUCCGACACUGAAAAUGGGGUAGAGGAAAAACAGCGCAGAACCGUCCCAGCCAGUGGAACCGCAUCUAUAGAGCCACAGUCUGAGCUAUUGAGGAGAAGACGGAAACCAGCCCUCAUCAGGUCAAAAACAUUUGAUCCUUCACUUCUGUCACAAGUUCAAAGUGACACAGAAGCCAAACUCGAGAGGAAAAAGUCUCAGUCUAAUCAGUUUUCCAAAACAAACACCCAGUACCACAAACUUUUUAAAGAGAUCAGCAAGGAUGAGCAGCUGAGGCAAAGUUACACUUGUGCUUUACAGAAAGACAUCCUCUACCAAGGCAGACUGUUUGUCUCCGAUAACUGGAUCUGCUUUCACUCUAAAGUGUUCGGCAAAGACACCAAGAUUGUGAUUCCAGUGCUUUCCAUAGCUGUUGUUAAGAAAACAAAAACAGCCAUAUUAGUGCCAAAUGCACUUGUGAUCGCUACAUCAAAUGAACGUCAUGUAUUUGUCUCCUUCUUGUCUCGAGACACGACAUACAAGUUCCUCAUGUCUGUAUGCUACCAUUUGGAGGAGAAGAGUACAGGAAACAGCCCCAUGGCGUCUUCAGCAGAGUGCAGCUUCAGAGUGGAACCUGCUGCUUCCCUGCCUCUGGACUUCUGUGCGGACUUCUCUGAUCUGGACGGGAAGGUGAGGAAGAGGAGGCAGGAGAUGGAGGACAGCAGCAGCUCGGACUCACACUCUCCAGACUCUCAGAAGAUGGCUGACUACUCAAAGCUUCCCCAGACAUUACUGAAUGUGACUAAACCAGGAGAGCUGCCUGUUGUCCCUGAACCUCUCCAACACUCACCUGAGACAAGAAACACACCCCCAUAUAAUGGUGUGCCUGAGACCGCAGAGACAGCAGAGCUGGCAUACGACAUUAAAUCCCUCAGACCCAUCUCCCUCAGCGCGCUUCUCAUGGUCUAUCUGUUCUUAGUAUGUGUUUUAGUCUUGUCCUCUUGCUACAUGGCCUUCAGGAUAGUUUCACUGGAGCAAAGACUGACCUCUCUGGGCUCCAUGAGUGAACCACCUGAAAAUGGAAACGAUUACAAAAGAGAUUACCUUGAAGAUAAUGCUGAAGUUUACUCAAUGUUAUCUAUGAAUAUUCUGAAACUGGAAAAGCUCCAAAGAAACUUGCAGAGAUUGCUGGAGGAGACACAGUGAUUUUUUCUGUAUAUGUCCUCUGUGUUAAAAAACUGUGUAACUCUUUGUUAAUCUUUGUUGACAUGUAACCACACACACUAGCGCGCACGCACGAACGCACACACACACACACACACACACACACACACACACACACAGAGCGAAAGAGAGAGAGACAAAGAUAUUUGUGUAUAUGACAUUUAUUUGUAUAAUUAAUUC